AGAAGAUAUUGUGUUGAUGAUGUGAGAAUGAUGCUGUAAAGGUCUCCUCCCCUCCCCUCCUGCUCUCCUACUCCUCAUUUCCACUCCUCACUUCGCGAUCACUCACGAGCAGAUCUCCGAGGUCCAGCAUCAUGUCCUCAGACGUCCAGCUGCGCGAGCGAGCGGACCCGGAGAGCAACAGCAGCGACUGAGAUCAGGUGUCGGGAGUUGUCAUACGUAUAGUAAACUGUACCUGAGGACCAUGGAUACAAUAAACUUCACCUUCUGGAACGCCUCUGAGGGCAACGAGACUGUGGAGACAGUGGACGAGAGCCCGUAUAAGACAGUGGAGGUGGUGUUCAUUGUACUGGUGGCCGGCUCACUAAGCCUAGUGACCGUUAUCGGGAACAUCCUGGUCAUGCUUUCCAUCAAGGUAAACAGAAGCUUGCAGACUGUCAACAAUUACUUCUUGUUUAGCCUGGCCUGUGCUGACCUAAUCAUUGGCCUUUGCUCUAUGAACUUGUACACAGUCUACAUUGUGAUCGGAUACUGGCCGCUCGGCCCGGUCGUGUGCGACUUGUGGUUGGCGCUGGACUACGUGGUUAGCAAUGCCUCGGUCAUGAACCUGCUGAUUAUUAGCUUCGAUCGCUACUUUUGUGUCACCAAGCCGCUCAGUUAUCCAGUCAAGAGGACGACCAAAAUGGCCGGGAUGAUGAUUGCGGCGGCAUGGGUUUUGUCCUUCAUUCUCUGGGCUCCGGCAAUCCUAUUCUGGCAGUUUAUUGUUGGCGGUCGCACAGUGCCAGAGAAGGAGUGCUAUAUUCAGUUCUUCUCCAACGCCGCGGUCACUUUCGGCACAGCUAUAGCUGCUUUCUACCUGCCUGUGAUCAUCAUGAUGGUGCUGUACUGGCAGAUUUCCCGCGCUAGCAAGAGCCGCGUCAAGAAGGACAACCGCAAGCCGUCGGGGGCCAACCUCGACGUGGCCUCUUCCAAUCAGAUCCGUGAAAACACAACCAACAAACCCACCAACAACAACCUAACAGCUGAAGAAACAGAUCGAGGACAGACCCAGCUAACAGAUGAUGCCGCCAUCCACCAACAUGACGCCAAACUCCAGAAUGGCAAAGCGCCAUCAACGGCGAGUGGAGAAGCGGAAGAUGGCGGACGAGGAAACGAGGAGAAAGAAAGCUCAAAUGACUCCACCUCUGGAAGUGGCGCCGUAAACAAUCAAAAAGAGGAGGCGGUGGCACCAUCAAUAGCCGAUGAAAACCAAGCUCCGGCUAGGCAUCGCGCCAAAGCUGGCGGAUCCAAACUGACCUGCAUCAAGAUCAACACCAAAUCGCCAAAAGGAGACUGCUACGCUCCGUCGAACGCGACUGUGGAGAUCGUUCCUGCGACCGAAAGGCAGAAUCAUGUGGCGAGGAAAAUCGUGAAAAUGACCAAGCAGCCGCCAAAGAAGAAAAAGGCCCCGUCUUCUCGGGAAAAGAAGGUCACGCGCACCAUUAUGGCCAUCUUGGUGGCGUUUGUCGCAACUUGGACGCCUUACAACGUCAUGGUCCUGAUCAACACCUUCUGCUCCAGCUGCAUUCCCAACACCGUGUGGACCAUCGGAUACUGGCUCUGCUACAUCAACAGCACGAUCAACCCCGCCUGCUACGCCCUCUGCAACAUCACCUUCAAAAAGACCUUCAAACACCUCCUGCUCUGCCAGUACAAGAACAUACGCUCCACCCGAUGAGCAGAAACAUGUGUGUGCGCAUGCCUUAUAUUAUACAUGUGCGUCUUCUGGUGACAAAGGUAAAUGUGUGGAUGUGUUUGUAUGUGUGAAGGGGUCGUAAGGAAGUAAAACCAGUUCAAAUAGUCAGAAAUUAGGGUGAAUUUAGGGUAAUUGGGACAUUUUUUCCCAUUGAAAUGCUUGGGAAAAGUGUCCAAAUCAACCUGAAUGCAAACAGAGACACAUCAACACUCGCCAUACACAGUUUUAUAAAUCCUCCAUCUUUGUAGAUUACAUUUUAAUUUUUUAUUUUUUUGCUUUCAGCUACAAAUCAGACUGCAUUUAACACAUUUUACAAUGUUUAAAUCCGACUCGCAGUCAGAAAAUGCAGUCCUCAGACUGUGUCUACAAGUGUGUUUGCGUUCAUUGUUUUUAUAUAUAUAUAUAGAUGGUCUGGUGUAGCACUUUACACACAUAGAUGUGAUGCAUGUUACAAAAGGAGGUAAAGAAGUGCUAAAAUAUUUGAUUUAUAAACAAAAAUGUAAAAAAAAAACGAGCAUAUGGUCAGAUUGGAGUCUGUCCUAUUCAAUAAUACACAAAUAAGGGGACAACAGGGCUGACUGAUGAUCCAAACCAAACGCGUUUGAGCUUCAGUUUUAAAAUCACACCUGUACAUACGUGUAUAUAAUCAUGUACUGUAUCCGUGUCGUGUGUGUGUGUGGUUGCAUGCUGGAUGACGUGUGCGCUCAACAUUAAAAUCCACUUAAAUUAGUCUACAUGAAGCCUGUUUACUUGUGUAAUCAACUUGAUUUAACGUAGGGUGCUAUAAUUUCAUCCAGAUCACUAACCCUCAUCUUUCCCUCAGAGUCAAAAUCACCCAAAGCCCCAAUUGAUUGUCGAGAAAGCUGAUUUUAUUUCAUUUUGAUAAUAUUUUUUUUAAAAGCAAUUUUUUUUAUUUACCUUUAAAUUACUAGAUUUGAUCAAUUAAUAAUAUAUAAAUAGAAAUUUAAGCACAUUCUUUCAGCUUAAAUUCAAAAUAACUCAUGCAUUAUCCUUUUAAUUCAGCUCAAAAUAUCUUACAUUGGGUGUCUUUGCCGAACUCUUGUGGAAAAAUAGUAAUAUAACAUGAUAUUUCAUGACUCUUGCCAUGGCUUUUUAGCUUUUUUGAGUAAAUGAGCUGUUCCACUGGGUCCUAAAGUCAGUUCUUCAGUUUGCAUUCAGAUACACAUCAUUUAUUGGUAAAGUUUUUGCAUUUUUAGGUUUUUCUAUGUGUUUUUCACAUAGUAAGGGGGUCAAAUAAAAACUGAAUUUAAAUUUCAACCACAAAACUCCUUGAAUCCAUUCAAUUGUGUGUGUGUGUGUAUUCGUGGUUCAAGUGCAACAAAAGUCCUAGGGUCUUGACUCUGAUGAACACUCAGUUUUAAAAAAUGUUAUUGACUUUCGGGUCAAAAUGACCCGGGGGAAGGAUGAAUGUAAAAGAAACAGAUUAAAGACGAUGUGCAUCAAUAAAUAAGGCCAGAAACGUGUUAAGGAACCUACAGGCUCAUGUUGACUUUAAAGCUUCGAUUGUGUCUAUGACAGGUAGCAUGGUUGCAGUGUGUGUGUGUGUGUGUGUGUUUGUCAUGUGCUGUGUGAGAGGGUUGAAGAGGCUCUCUGCUGUGCCCGUAUGUUAAAGUGGAUGAGUUUUGAGUGCUCGGGGUUUCCAGGGAUGCAAAUCUAACCCUUUUAAAGAGAGCAGACGCGCAGGAUAAAGAGGCUCUCAGACAUUAGCAUCCACCUCACCUCUGCUUUGCAUUUACACAAAACAGUUCACUCA